CUUUGCUUUGCUUCAGUUAGCUCAUCAGUCACAGCUAUGUCGGACCCCGUGGUGACUGCUUUCCUUACUAAACAGCUGUGUGCCAAUGGGGGGCGGCUCCCUAAAGCCAGGGUGGCACAGUAUCUGGAUCUACCCCAGGAACAGAUAGAGCUCAUCCUUCAGGAGGAGUCCCUGAGAUUUCCACUGUCCGGGGAUGUGGUGCUAGCCCAGAGUCCGAUCAGGCUCUGCCUAAAGUACCUGAAGGGGGAGGAGGAGCAGGAUGAGUGUGGGAAGCUGCACCUUUGUUGCUCCUACCUGCGGGGUCGCUGCAAAACUGGCAAAAAAUCCACAUGCAAAUAUUCCCAUGAUACCCAAUCAGAACAUAACUUGACCGUACUGAAGGCCGAUAACGUCAAUGGGCUGAAUGAUGAAGAACUAAAGAUCCUUCUCUUCCAGAAUGACCAUUCUUUAAUGCCGGGGGUUUGUGUGAAAUAUCUGCACGACAAGUGUGAUCAAGAUAAGUGCUAUUGGCUUCAUAUGUGCGGUUACUUCAUGCGUGGGGAAUGUAAUCGGCGUACAUGCAAAAGAUCCCACAACAUACUAGAGGAGAGCACCAAUCUUCUCAUCAAAAGGUUUGGAAUCCCUGCUGUAUCUGUUGAGAAUUUCCAGAUGCUCGCAGUUCUUAAAAACAUUCAGAUUCUACAAACUCAGGGGGAGCAAACAGGAAGAGGAAGGGGCAGAGGUGCAUCCAGGGGUAGAAGAGGAGGCAGAGGAAGAAAUAAUGUACACAAAGGCCCCCAUUCACAAACAAGAUCUAAAGGGAGAAGUGUGGGCAGUAAUGAGCAGAGACAAUGCUCUACUCCUGGGACUGACUCUAGUGAUGAAAUAGAGGACUCCAUGCUACAUGGAUCAACAGGCAAUUUAGAACAACCAUCAAGAUCAAAUUUGGAUGAAUUGUACGAGAUUUAUUUAUCAAAACAAAAAGAAAAUGCAGCCAGAUUUGGUAGUCGUACCACAGUUGUUCAACAUCCGGACUCCACAAAAGUAUCCAGCGGAGGUUUAUCCAGUGCCCAGCAAACCACAGCUGUCCAAGUUAAUGAAUCCACAAAAGUGUCAACUAAAGGUUUAUCCAGUGCCCAGCAAGCCACAAUUGUCCAAGCUAAUGAAUCCACAAAAGUGUCAACUAGAGGUUUAUCCAGUGCUCAGCAAGCCACAGCUGUCCAAGCUAAUGAAUCCACAAAAGUGUCAACUAGAGGUUUAUCCAGUGCCCAGCAAACCACAACUGUCCAAGCUAAUGAAUCCACAAAAGUGUCAACUAGAGGUUUAUCCAGUGCCCAGCAAACCACAACUGUCCAAGCUAAUGAAUCCACAAAAGUGUCAACUAGAGGUUUAUCCAGUGCCCAGCAAGCCACAGCUGUCCGAGUUAAUGAAUCCACAAAAGUGUGCACUGGAGGAUCAUGCAAUGUACAGCAAACCACCAAAGUGCCCAUUACAUUUUCAUCAAAUGCCCUGCAAACCACGCCUGUCAAAUACAAUAUAUCUACAAUUCUGCCUGUUGCAGGAUCAUCUAGAGACCAGGAAUCAACAGUUGUCAGAAAUGCUGUAGGUGCAUAUUGGGAACCCCAUUCACAAGAAGUCACAGUAGCCGGCAUCCAUCCACUUGUUUUUCCAAAAAAACCAUCUGUCACACAAAAAAUAACUCCUACACCUACCAGAGAACCCUCAGUGGCCAAUAAAAACAAUUGUGUAUUGGAUGAUUUUAAAUUACUGAAUAUAUCACCUAAUCAUGUAGGCACUGCACACAAUUCUGUUGGUGCUCCUUCUCUUACUAAUACAGCAGCAGUGAACCAAAAUGUAGACAUAAAUAAGAAUCGAGAGCCUAAGAAGGUGACUGACUUUACAGAGAUCUGCCUUUCCAAUGUCUGGAAAUUCUGCAAGUUUGGAAGUAGAUGUGAAGGAAUGCAUUAUCACCUGCCUUACCGUUGGCAAAUCUCAUUAGACACAAAAUGGGAAGAUUUGACAGAAAUGGAAACAAUUGAAAGGGAGUACUGUGACCCUAAAAAGGACAGGUACUCAUCACUUGAUUUUCUCACAAUGAAAUCUGGGUCCAGACGCAUUCGUCGACUCUGCACCCCAUCAUCAGUUUCAAAACCCAAUGAAUUUGUUCUGACCACAGAGUGGUUGUGGUACUGGAAAGAUGAAUUAGGGACAUGGAUUCAGUAUGGGAAAUCAAAUGCAAAGCAGGUGAGCGCUUCCAUGUCUUCAGAAGAUCUAGAAAAUAUCUAUCUAUCAGAUCCAAAUGAUACAAUCCCUUUCCAUGCAGGACAGCAGCAAUAUGAGAUUGAUUUUAAACUUAUGACACAGAGGAACAUGGCAUAUAGAACUCAGAGAGAAGUACGCAGGAGGCCCAAAUUCCUGUCUAUUGAUGAUGUAACAAAACUGAAGGGCAGUACAAAAUCAAGUUCCUCCAAUACCACACAGAAUCAUCCCCUGAAGAGUGCAAAUUAUCCGGAACAUUGGGACAAAGCAUCCAUGCCAGAAUAUGGCCAUAAGCUUGUAGAUAUCCCCCUGACUUCAUCAGAAGCCUCAUCUAUCCAAGACAUGUUCACAAAGACGGUGUCAGGCUUUGAGGUGAAGAAGAUCAGUCGUAUACAGAAUCCGUCCCUUUGGGAGGUUUAUCAGUGGAAGAAGGAUCAGAUGAAGAAGGCAAAUAAAGGGGCAGAAGUGAAUGAGAAAAGGCUGUUUCAUGGGACCGACCGUACCUUCAUUACACCCAUCUGUCAUGCGAACUUUGACUGGCGAAUCUGUGGGACUCAUGGUACCCUGUAUGGACAAGGAAGUUACUUUGCAAGAGAUGCCUCUUACUCUCAUAACUAUUCACCAAAAGCCAGUGAUGGUAAAAGAACAAUGUUUGUGGCUCGUGUGCUAAUAGGAGAUUAUAUCACUGGGAAUUCUACUCUAAGACGACCACCAUCCAAAUCUGGGAGCAUGACCCACUUUUAUGACAGCUGUGUGGACGACACAUACCAACCGACCAUCUACGUGGUGUUUGAAAAACAUCAGAUUUAUCCAGAAUACCUUAUAGAGUAUAAAGAGGAGGAGAAGAAGUCCUGCUGCAUUAGCUAAACUUGACCAUGUGUCAAUGUCUGACCUAAUGGAACAACUGUAUGAAGCAAAACUAUCAGGAGAAUAAAUACUGCAACAUUAUUUAAAUACUUUAAAUAUAUUUCCCGCUUUCCCUAAAGAAGUUAAACUGUUUAUGGAUAAAUUGUGAUGUUCUAUAGAAAUUAUGAACAUAGUAUCUAAACCAUGCUCUCCUCAAAAAAUUGGCUAUUGUUGCCACCAUGGGAUUCUCCAGUGCCAGGAAAACAAACCCGUUUCCCUGAAACUAGAGAAUCCUGGAGUGCCCUCCCGCCCCCAUCCCAUGUCGCUAAAGGGGUUAAAACCCCUUCAGCCACUUACCUGAAUCCAGCGCGGAUGUCUCUCAGCACUGGGUCAGGCUCCGCCCAUGCUCCUCCCCUGCCAACGUCAGCCAGCGGGGGAGACCUAACGCGCAUGCGCGGCAAUGGUCACGCGCGCAUUAGACCUCCCCAUAGGAAAGCAUUAUGCUUUCCUAUAGGGAAAUACAAAUAACUCUAUAUAUGACACAGGUCUUAUGGCUUAUAUGCUGACUCUAUCCUCCUCCUUUGUGGCUCAUAAGAACACAAUAUCACAUAUGGAGGACUUGUUCAGAAGUCAGUGAUCUGUGUACAUAGAAACGACAAAUUUAAAACACUCUCACGUAAAAUAGUUUUUGAGCCUAACCGUUUAGCUGGAGAAACAGUUAACAAUGUUAAAAAUGCACUUAACCAAAUCGUAAAGAGAGCAGGUGUUUAUUAUCAAAGCCUGUUGGCUAGACCUAUAUAAGAGACUGAUAUCCACAUUAUUCUGGUAAUUAACAUACCAAACCAUCUCACCUAACUUGCAUCUUAACAGUGCGAUAAUUUGCACUACUUAAUAUGGUACCCUGAUAUAUAGGUAAUCUCCUUACAUUGGCAAAUAAAUUAAUAAAGCCAGAUAUUGAAAUUGUACUACUAUAAUGGUUUCCAUAUAUCAGUCAGAGGUUUAGCCAACAGGCUUUGAUAAUAAACACCUGCUCUCUUUACUAUUUGGUUAAGUGCAUAUUUAACAUUGUUAAUUGCUAUGUCUCCAGCUAAACGCUCACGCUCAAAAACUAUUUUGCGUGAGAGCGUUUUGAAUUUUUUGCUUCUAUUUUCAAUAUAGGGGUUAAGCCCAGAGACAUUACUGUAGGGUCUCACUGAUGAUCUAAUUCAGUAAGGAUGAACCUGCAAGCGCUGCCUACCUUAGCUGAAUGUAUUUUCAUAUUCAGUGAUCUGUGUACACCAGUUUUCCAACUGCUUAAAGACUGCACUGACAUCCCUCCAAGACUACUGGCUGUACAGAAUGGCAAAAGUUACAAUACAUGUGUCUCUAAACACCAAUUAUGCUGGCUAUACAGAAUAUAUACAGCUUUGAUACUUUUUGUAGCAAAACUGAUAAGGGAUGGACCUUUCUCUUCCUGUGGCCCCACACAAAAUUAGUUAUAUGUAGAAGGUUUGCUAUAAUUAAAGUAUCACUAUAGUGUCGAAAAACAAAGCGUUUUUUCUGACACUAUAGUGCCCUGAGGGAGCCCCCACCCUCAGGGUCCCCCUCCCGUGGCGCUGAAGGGGUUAAAACCCCUUUCAGCCAUUUACCUUAUUCCAGCACCGGGCUCCCUCAGCGCUGGUGACCUCUCCUCCCCCCCGACGUCAGCGGAGCCGAAUGCGCAUGCCGCGAGCGCAUUCAAAGUGUCCAUAGGAAAGCAUUUUUCAAU